AUGGCCACCUCCACCUUCUCGCUCUUCUUCCCGCCGCUGCCCAGCAGCAAAGGCCAGUGGCCGUCUGUAGAGGAGGCUGCCUACUCCUACGAUGACCACAGCUCCGUCACCACCCUCUCCCCUUCCUCCCCGGCCUCCUCUGCUUCCUCGGGAUCCCUGGUGGACUGCACGCUCUCCCUCGGCACGCCGUCGACGCGCCGCCCCGAGCCAGACCGUACUAGGCACGGGGCUCCGCCGCAGGCCUACCCGUCCGUGUCUGCCGGGGCCGAGCCCUGCUACUACCACCAGCAGCAGGGCAGGGGCGGCGCCGCCGGGCACGAGCAGCUCCUGGACCGCCGCUGCGCCAACUGCGGCACGGCGUCCACGCCGCUCUGGCGGAACGGCCCUCGCGGACCCAAGUCCCUCUGCAACGCCUGCGGCAUCAGGUUCAAGAAGGAGGAGCGCCGCGCGGCGGAGACCAAUGCCGGCGGCGGGUGCGGCUACGUCGCGCAGCGGGCGCACGUGUCGGCCCCUCGUGCCGUGCCGUACGCGGAGGAGGCGCUUCCUUACGCCGGCGCCGUCGACGCGCCCUUCCUGGCGUGGCGGCUGAACGGCGUCCCGCCGGCCCCGGCGUUCUCGUCGUGGCCCGACAGGCAGCACGGCGUGUACCAGUACAACUAG